GUGACUGUAGAGUAGUUGUAGCUUGAGUUCGCCGGUGUCGGUGACCACUAACCACACGCCCAAUUGAAUCCUGUGCAAUUCCCAUUCUCGAGCACGAACCCUAAUUCAUCGUGAAAUGGGAUCAAUUGGGUUACUCCUCGUGUGCAAAGUGCUUCCCUAUCUCGAACAAGAGCUCGACUACCACUACACUCUGUUCCGCAUGUCGGACUACCCGCAGAUGGCCCAGCUCCUCAGCCACCACGCCGCCUCCAUCCGCGCCGUCGUGUGUAACACGAGAGCCGGCGCGGACGCGAAAUUGAUCGAAGCACUGCCGAACCUGGAGAUCGUGUUGAACUACGGCGUGGGAGUGGAUGGGGUUGACCUGAACAAGUGCAGGGAGAAGGGGAUUCGCGUCACCAACACCCCCGACGUGUUAACCGAUAGCGUCGCCGAUUUGGCCAUCGGCUUGAUCCUCACACUUCUCAGGAGAAUCUGCGAGUGCGAUCGCUAUGUCAGAAGCGGCCAAUGGAAGAAAGGUGAGUAUAAAUUGACCUCUAAGUUCUCUGGGAAAACUGUUGGCAUUGUUGGAUUGGGAAGAAUUGGGUUAGCAAUUGCGAAGAGAGCUGAAGGAUUUAACUGUCCAAUUUGUUACUAUUCCAGAACUGAAAAACCAGAAUCAAAAUACAAAUACUACCCUAGUGUUGUUGAAUUAGCAUCCAACUGUGAUAUACUAGUUGUUGCUUGUUCUCUUACAGAGGAAACCUAUCACAUUAUCAACCGGAAGGUCAUUGAUGCACUUGGUCCCAGUGGGUUUCUAAUCAACAUUGGAAGAGGGAAGCAUGUUGAUGAGGCAGAGCUGGUGUCUGCAUUGGUUGAAGGUCGUUUGGGUGGAGCUGGGUUAGAUGUGUUUGAGAAUGAGCCUCAUGUUCCUCAAGAGCUGUUUGGGCUGGAAAAUGUUGUGUUGUUGCCUCAUGUUGGACCAGGCACAGUAGAAACUCGAAUUGCUAUGGCUGACCUUGUACUUGGAAAUUUAGAGGCUCAUUUCCAUGGGAAACCACUGUUAACUCCCAUUUGUUUAACAUCUGAUGUUGUGUAAUUAGUUAAUUACCAAAUGAGCUUGGUUUAAUGCA